AGAGGAUCUAGACGAUACUCCGUCAACACAUGCUAACUCACCGCGUCCUCUUCUACAUCCACAAACCCCUCGUCUUCAAAUCAGCAGCGUAAACUCCCAACCAAAUUUUUUUAUUGUUUUGAUUUCCAUCCUCGGAAAAUAGAUUUUCACGCGCAGCAACAAAAUCAGAGAUGGCCAAGCGGAAAGAUACUGCCAAAGACGUCGAGAAGGUCGACAAUGAAGGCGACGAUUCCUCAUCAGACAACGAGGAAAUCGUCAACGUCGACUUUGAUUUCUUCGACUUUAAGCCGGAUAUUGACUUCCAGGCAAUCAAGAACCUUCUCAGACAGACGUUUGACAGCGACAGCACCAUGUUUGAUCUUUCAGCACUUGCGGAUCUUAUUCUGUCCCAGUCAAGUCUCGGAUCGACAAUCAAAUGCGACGGGCCCGAAAGUGAUCCGUUUGCGUACCUCACCGUCGUGAACGCGAACGUGCACCGGGAUCACCCUGCGCUCAGACAGAUAAUUGACUAUAUCAUCUCGAAAUCAAAAAAGAACGAGGGAACAAACUUAAAACUGAAAGAACUCCUGGCCGACGACGCAAAGACGAACACUGCGAUCCUGUUCAGCGAACGAUUGAUCAAUAUGCCUACAGAAGUUGUACCUCCCAUGUACAACAUGCUUCUGGACGAGAUGAAGAAAGCGGUUGACAAUGGUGAGAAGUACGACUUUGACUAUUACAUCAUCGUCUCUAAAUCAUUCACGGAGAUCGAGUCAAAGAUCGACGAGGAAGACGACAGACCGAAAAAGAAAAAGAAGAAGGCCGCUCAGACCUCAAAGGAGAUCUUCUAUUUCCAUGCCGAGGACGAGCUCUUCACGAAAAAUGCUGAGCAGUCGAUGGUAUACCAGUUCAGCAACGAGGCGCAGGAGGCUGAUUCAAAGCGUGCGUUCCAGGACUACGGAAUCGCUCCCCAGGGCCAACUUAUGGUUAUCGCCAAGGACAAGUUUGCAUCAACAGUUUCUGAGAUGCUGCAGAUGUUUGCUAUUCCCGGGCAGUAAACCUAACCUGCUCGAAUGAAUGGCUACUACGUGGAAACGAUUUGUAUAACAGAUAUGCAGUGCUCAUAACUUAGAAUUUAAUA